AGGCAGUAAAACUCCACAAGUGAUUUACACCUGUCUCUUUCACCAACUCGAUUCUUUGCGUAGCCGGCUACGUCCCAGCUUUUUCUUUAUUUGCGUCAUUCUGUCCUUUCUCUCUUAAGAACUCUUACCUCCCAAGCUCCGGUUUCUUUAUCUUCUUACUCUUCAAUCGCAUAUAGUCUUGACGACGAAACUCACCGCCUUGACCAGUAAUAUGCCUCAGCUUCGCGUUCUUGCUGGACCAGAUCCAAAUCAUCUUUCUUCCAUAACUCAUCUGGUCAACACGAAUUUGCCCUGCAAAGUUUCUUCAGACCUGUUCGACGGACAGAUCAUCGCGAACAUUAAAGGAUUCAAUAAAGACACAGAAUAUUUUGAUAGAGACGAUAGAAAAGGCGUCACUUGGAGCAUACAGGUUCAAGGUCGAUUCUUGCAACCACACUCUGCUGAUGAUAUCCUGUUCGGAAACACGUUCGAGAGACCGCUACACCUCCCUUGGGGCUCUGGCGCUGCUCUAAAGUUCAUGAGUUACCUCGACCCAAACCUCACACACGAUCUUACUUCCCAGACCAAACCAUGGGCUCUAUCACCGCUCGUAGCGACCAUGCCUCAUUUCGCGCAUUCUCACAAAUCCAGACCGCCGAAAUUUCCUUCAUCUAGCUCGCUCACAGACGAUAAUUCCCAGCUUUCUCUUGCUUUUCACGAAGAAGACGAAGACGCCGACUCGCCUCUCUCAUCGGCAUCUUCCUCCACAUCUUCCUUGUCAUCCGGAUCAUCAAUUCAUUCAGGUGAUUCUGGGCACUUGUCUUCCUCAUCUUCUUCGAGGAAAUCUCAUAGCUCAAAUGGGUCGACAUCAUCCAAAAUCAAGUCGUUAUCGAAGAUCCGUCGCGGCGGAGGCCAUUCAAUGUCUAGAAAUGGCAACGGAGCUCCUCCUCCAGUGAACCUGCAUACUGCCGCUCAAAGAAGAAGUUAUUUCAGUGUGUCGAAGAAUCGGAAAAGCGUAGUGUUCGGCCCAGAGGACAUCAUAACAACCGAUUUCUGUUAUGGCUUCCUUGAGUUCGCACCUUCCCUCACCUUACGUCUUCCGGGCGGAAUAUCCUUUGACCUUUUGCGGUAUUGGGACGGUCAACCGGUGCGAUUCAUGUGCUGUGAGCGUAAGGAUUCCAAUGCGUCGAGGUCGGAUUCCGAGCCUUGGGGAAGGAGCUUUUGGUGUGUGGCGAUUGAGAUGGUUGAUUAGGUUUGAUAGACUCGGGGAUUGUCAGUCGGUCUUGUUGGGUGGCUUGGCGAGUGAGAUCGAGAAGUUACCACCGAGUCCUGGCAAGUUGAAUGUGCAUAUAUCUACUGGUUAUGCUAUACCCAAUAUUAUACAAUGUAUAUAAUCAAGUGUCUACAACCAAGAUGUUGUGUCGUUCCCUCGUUGGCAGU